UCUCUUCUUCCUAUUCUUCUCUCUUUCUAACAGAACGAUCCCAGUCCCGUUGGGUAUCUACUCGACAGAAACCAUCACUCUACCGAAUUUUAGGACCAUCACUGUCCCACCCGAGAAUGAGCCGGAAGCUCGCCCCCGAAGCCAAUCGGAUUCUCUUUGUCAAGAACCUCAACUACAACGUAACUGCUGAGCAACUAUUUGAUCUUUUCGGCAAGUUCGGACCCAUCAGACAAAUACGUCAGGGAAUUGCGAACAACUCGAAAGGCACCGCAUUUGUGGUAUACGAAGACGUUCACGACGCCAAACAGGCAUGCGAUAAGCUCAAUGGAUUCAAUUUCCAGAACAGAUACCUCGUCGUACUAUAUCAUCAGCCGGAGAAAAUGCUCAAGUCGAAAGAGGACUUGGCGGAAAGGCAAGAGAAUUUGGAACGUCUUAAACAGCAGCACGGUAUAGAAUGACGUUACGAUUCUUUUUGUUGCUUUUUUCUAUGUACCCUUUGCAGGCAUCUGGCUGCGUAUUAUCAUGGGUUGGUCGUGGGGUUUCUGGCGUUUUACUCUUAUGGGUUUCGUGACUCUUAUUCAUGGGUACUAGUAUGAGGGUGAUCGAUGGUAGAAUGACACUCUGGCUAGCUAUUGGCCAGAGAAACGAUACAGAAUGGGAUCUUUCAGGCUGGGUCAGUUCCACUAUUCCGGUUAUUAGCUACUAUCAAUAUAAUCGCUCUCAAUCGCCGGCCACUGUCGGCUGUCGCGAUAAACCUAGGAGACCA